AUGGUGGAAAAAACUGCAGCCAAUGAGCCUUUUCGCUGGGGCACACUAGUGUCUGCACCCCUGCAUAAGAACCAUGCUGGGCUGGUGCUGCGCCAGUCGAGCAGCAAGAGCAAUUCUGAAGAGCAAGGGGCCGAAAGUUUUGAGCUGCUAGAUAACUACGAGGUCAUCCUCAUUGGGGUUGCGGCUCUUGAGGACACCACCGCAGCGGGUGAUGCCGUCAGAGUAAACGCAAUGAAACGACUGUUCGGUUUUGUUAUUCAAGCUGUAGGCAAACCGGCUAGCCCCUCCAAAACCGACAGAUCGUGGGACAUUCUCGAGGGGUGA